GCCGGCGACGCUCUCGUCCGACUCCUCGACCGCACCCAAUCCAACAACCCCGCUGCCCCCUCCAAAUCCCAACGCAUCGGCCUCUCCUCCUCUUGAAAUCUCACAAAGCUUCCGCCUUCAAUGGAAGUGGAGGUCAAGCUAGGGCUUCCCAACGCCGCCGCGCACUCCAAAUUCAAAUCCCUGAUUUCCGAAUCCCACAUCAAGACCGUCAACCAGCAGAACCUCUUCUUCGACACCCCCACCGCCGCGCUCGCAUCCAAGCGCGCCGUGCUCCGCCUCCGAUUCCUCGACGGCGUCACGCGCUGCGUAGUUUCGCUGAAGGCCAAGGCUGUUUUGGUCGAUGGGGUGAGCCGGGUCGAAGAAGACGAGGAGGAGAUCGACCCGGUACUGGGCCGGGCCUGCGCCGCCGACCCGAUGAAGCUGGGCUCGGUUGAUUCGAGGAUUGUGAGGAGGUGCAGGGAUGAGUUCGGCGAUGGGAAGGAGAUGGGGUUUGUUUGCUUGGGAGGGUUUGAGAAUGUGAGAGAUGUUUAUGAAUGGAGAGGGAUGAAGCUGGAGGUGGACGAGACCAAGUACGCUUUCGGAGUGAGCUAUGAGAUUGAGUGCGAGAGUGAGGAUCCUGAAGCGGUGAAGAAGGAGCUCGAAGGGUUUCUGAAGGAGAAUGGGGUUGAUUACAAGUACUCUGAGAUGUCAAAGUUUGCUGUUUUCCGAUCUGGGAAGCUGCCGUGAGACUACUACCUGUGAUUGUGAUCACGGUGGGGAUCUGUCCACCGUAAUUAAUUUCGUGUUGAUCUGGAUUUCUGAUCGAAGAGACCCUCUGCUGCAGUCUUAGUUUCAUCUCAGUGUCAAUGAUCUUGCUCUGCUGAACCAGUUCUUGGUGUCCAUCAGGAAUUGAGGCCACCUAUGAAUGCUAUUAUUACUCCUUACCGUGUUCUGCAAUGAACUUCGACUUGUGAUUUUUGAAGUGGGAUUUCAACAUAAUUAGUACGCUAAGUAAUUGACGACAUUGUAUUGUUCUGCAAGUGUUGGUUUAAGUAUGGCGUUGUAAGCAUUUUUCUGCUGUUUUUGGGAUCUAUUAUUCCAGAGUAUUCCUCCUGGUCCAGGUUAAGAGCUGGCUCUGGAAGGCAAGACCAGAUGCAAAGAGG